ACCAACAAACACCAGAAGCUCCAGAAUUCCAGAUACCGCAACCGGGAAGAAGGCCGGCGGCCAUACAAAGCCCAUCUUAUCAUUUUCCCGCGCGCAACGAGUGGCACCCGUCCCACGCAUCCAUCCCCACUUUAUCUCCAAACCCCAGGCCGCUCCCUAACCUCCCCACACCAACAACGCCGUCCCACCGACCGACCGGCCGGCCGUUAUUAGCCGCCGAGGUGCGUGCGUGUCCUGCACCGAGGCCGGAACAUCGAUCGAUAUUCGCCAUGGCCCCGACGACCGUCGUCGCCGCACCAGCCACGGGCGCCGUCGCCUCGAGCGUCGACGUCGGGAAGGCCGCUGCGCCGGGGCGCUCCGUCGGGCUCGGGCUCCCCGCGCUGCCGCCGCUGCCGGGGCUCGCGGCCCACGCCCAGCCCCGCGUCGCCUCCUUCUGCAAGAGGUUCGCGAGGAACGUGGUGGCCAUGGCCGCCGGGGAGCCGGCAGCGCCGCUCGCGGACAACGCCGAGCUCACAGAGUUCAUCAACGCCUUGAAACAGGAGUGGGACAGGGUGGAGGACAAGUACGCGGUGACCACGCUCGCCGUUGCCGCCACGCUUGGCAUGUGGAGCGCCGGCGGAGUAGUGUCGGCAAUCGAUCGGCUCCCCGUGGUUCCAGGUCUCAUGGAGGCCGUCGGUAUCGGUUACAGUGGGUGGUUUGCGUACAAGAACCUGCUAUUCAAGCCCGACAGGAAAGCGUUCUUUGCCAAGGUCAGGAACAUCUACGAGGAUAUAAUCAGCGGAUAGACACGACGAAGUACUUGCGCAUGCAAGCGCUUAUAUAUAUCCCCACCGAGAGAAGGACGAUUUCAGGGACACAAAUUACUGUUAUCUGUAGUGUAUAUUUCAGCAUAGCAUCUGAUACAAUCCAUCAGACAUUGUAUAUCUAUAUGAAUUGGACAUUAACGAUAUGAAUAGCAUUUCAUCUUUUUAGUC